CUUCUGAUCGUGAUGGUGUCCGCAGCAGUAAUUGGUUGUACCGGCUUAGUGGGGUCAUAUAUUACAAAAAGUCUGAUAUCCAGCCCCGCAAUUACUCGAAUUCACACAUUCUCCCGCCGCAGCCUCGAAGAUCCUGCUUCUGCUUCCCCGAGCAAACUUACCUCCUAUGUCUCGAAUGACACAUCUAAAUGGGUAGACGAGCUAUCCCGUCUACCAUCACCACCCGAUCUAUUCUUCUCUGCUUUUGGCACCACUCGUGCUGCCGCCGGUGGCUUCGAGAACCAGUACCGAAUCGAACAUGGGCUACAUCUAGACCUAGCCCGGGCAGCCAAACACGCCGGCUGUAAGGUGUUUGUUCUCGUUUCCUCGUCAUUUGCCAAUCAUAAUUCAUGGCUCCCUUAUGCUCGGAUGAAGGGCGAGAUUGAAGAGAACAUCAAGGCCCCGAAUUUCGAACACACUGUCAUUUUACAUCCCGGGAUGAUAGUCGGUAGCCGCUCUGAAAGCCGGCCUGCUGAGGCAGCUGCUCAGGCUUUGGUGGGGCCAUUGGAACACUGAAGUCGUCGUGGAAAGAUUGUUUGGCCCAAGAUGCUGAUGCCAUUGCUCGUGUUGCUGUUAGGGCCGGUAUACACGCUCUUGAGCAUGGUGUAUCUACAGGGUGUUUGAAGGGCGGGUCAGUUGAGGUGUUGAACGGCGCCGAUAUACUCAGACUUGGUAGAGAUUGAAAGGCUUGGGAUCUUGGUUUCAUGAUGCUUAUGUCAAUCAUUU